UCAAUGUCGUGUAUGAUUCUGAGAAAACUAUAUUCUUACACGACAAUAAGUGUUUUCCUCUUGCUCUUGUGGUUAAAAUCUCAUGUUAUCCUCUGAAGUAUGUUUUAUUGUAAAUUAUUAUCACAUGUAAACAAUUUCGCCACUCUCUUCCUCUGUUUGCCUGUUGAGCGUUGCCUUUCUCAAUUUCGCUUCUUCUCUCAUCCAUUCCCCUCCACCUUCCUUUAACAUCACCGAAUCCUUGCUUAGUUACCCCCAUUGAAGUCUGAAAAACAAUCCAAGAGUGGCCUUGGUGAUGUUUAUUUGGCCCAGUUAGCGGCUUACUGGAUACUGGGAGGUUGCAUAGAGUUGUCUGUUCUUUGAUGUGUGCAUGGUGCCGACUUUUUAGCAAAUAAGAUCAAGGGAUGCUGAGCUCAUAAGUGUCAAUAACCUGCUGUAAAGACCUCCACACUGUAAAAGAUGAUUCCAAAGCCACUGCGCACACUUGUAACUGGCACUGCCAUCAUCUUGGGCGGCGCACUUGCUCUCAACAUCACUUCCUCUAUUGCUGUUAAUGCACUUCGUUUUGCCACUGAUCUCAAACUGAGAAGAGUUGCGUUGCCUUGUGGGGUUUGUAGAGGAAAGGGGUUUUACAUAUGCAAGCUGUGCAAAGGGAAUGCUAGCAUACACUGGUCACCUUUGUACGAUCCUGUUGCUAUCAAUCCUUGCCUUUGCCCUACUUGUGAUGGUAACAGAGUACAGCGCUGUCUAAACUGCCUUGGGAAGGGCUACAAUUGAUUUGUAAGAUGUUAAAUACUGUUUGUACGUAUAUUUGAAUGUCUCAUUUCGCAAGCUUCUAGCCCCAACUGCAUUAGAGGGUAUACAUCUCUAUUUUCUAACCAAAUGUUGCCAUUUGUUUUAUGCUUCUAGAAUUGUUCGUGCCAGUUAAGAAAUAUAGGCAGACUAAUGGCAUUGGCAUAGCCAUCGAUAAUGAAAAUGACUGCUAUCAGUAUUAGGGGAUUACACCACUUUAUAGUCAGGCUUUAUCCAUGCUGGUUAUGGUUCUUUAAGUAGUUUAAACUGACACAGUGAUAUUAUCUAAAACAAUGAUAUGGUGUUCCUGAAACAGGAUCAAGUUGCUGAAUUUUAAUUCCGAUGUAACAAGACUUGGUUCUCAUACAGUUUUUUCAUUCAAAAAGAAGAGGUCAUUAUUUGGCUUCCACUUUCACGUGAUGCUGCAUUAAACGACUUGAACAAGUUUCUUUGUAUUAUUGAAUCAACUAAGUUUUGAGAAGGCAUCAACAAAAGCUGCUGAAAACGGGGUAAAACUCGGUUUAAGUAGACUGGUAUUUGUCGUUGGGUUACUGCUUAGCGCAGUCCGGCUUGUAUUUACCAUGAUUGCUGUUGCUGACCCUGGGAAUCUGUCCAAGUUGUUACUCUCUCGUGUACUUAUCUGUACUUUUUAUCUCAAGUCUGUUCAUGCAUUGUUGGUGUUUAUUCUGAAGAUGAUUCUUUCACUGCCA